AAUCAAUGUCACACAUUUUCGCAAUUUGUGGAAACUUUGUUUAAACUAAUUUAAAUGGGCAAAAUAAUCAGUCCAUUGGAAAUUGCUGAAUACAUUGGAAUAUUCUUAAUAGUAGUAUCGGGUUUAGACAACAUGUAUAAAAUCAUCAGCAGCCCCAAGGAGAAGCAGAAAAAAUAAUUUCCAAAAGUAUGUUAGUUUAAAUAAAGUUUUCCAUUCCUGA